AUGAGUUGCAAUCAACAGCCUAACACAUCGCCGGAUGGAGAUUUGCUAUUGAAAAUACUGCGCUCCAUCUUCGCCAAAGGUUCGGAUCAGGACGAUGAGACGGAAUUUGUGCUUCCUAAUGAAGUAAACGUGACGGAAUUAUUGAAGCAUAUUGUGGACUUUAUGAAACCAACGACUGAAAAUUUAAUAGAUCAGCCUCUGGAUUUGUCUCCACCGGUCAAACGAGCUCGUGUUCAACAAAGCUCAAGUGUGAUUUUCAGAGCACCAGAAGUUCCAUCGAUAAAUUUGUCGGAACUGGAAACAAAUAACUCGAGAAUUGGCACACUUCAGGACCAGGGUUUCCCUUUUUCUCUAAAAUCAGUUGCUCAAAAAACACCAAAAGUUUACAUUGAUCGAUUGGGAAUACCACGACUUCAGAUGACUGAGCGACAAAGUUCGGUUUCUGGAAUUCAAAAACCCUCUAAAUCAGUUUUGUCAGUGCCAAAACUAAGCGUCACUUCCCCAAUCUCUUCCGAGAUAGGGACCGCUGCUGCAGACAAGAAUUCAAAUAUUGCCACUACUUCUUCUUCCUCCUCUGCUUCUCCAAUUGCCGUUCCUUCGAAAUCUCCAGUUGUUUUUCUGGAUCAAGUUGGAAUGACUCAAAUUUAUAUGAUGGAGCCAUCAACAACAUAUUCCGGAAUGCAGGAAAAUGCAGAGCCUGUCUCCAAAGCAAACGUACCUGUGCCAGCAAAAAAUAAUUCUUCUCCCGAGAAAGCAGAGCUCGUGCCCACAACUAUCCCUCUUGCUGCAACAAUAAUUUUGGAUCCUCUGGAAAUGGCAAAUCUGAAAGUUAAGAAGCCGGAGAGAAGUGGUGAAGGAAUGAACCAAAACAAGAAAUGCACACCAAUUACAAACCCAGCUACUACCCCAGCGAGUCCUACUUCAAAUGCAAAGCCAUCUACUGCACCAUCGAGUUCAACUCCAAAUACAAACCUAGUCCCAUCGAGUUCAACUUCACAAAACCAAUCGGAGGAACCGGCACCUGGAACACAAGCAGUUCCAUCUCAUGCUCCCAAAGCUGUGGUAUCAAAACCGAACACCAUUUCUGAAAUGCCUCACCAGAUGCAACGCGGACCAGAAAUGCAGGGUAAUUUAUACAAUAUGAAUUUUGUUGUGCACCCUGCUCACUUACCGUAUCCGGCAAUUCCAGGAUUAAUGGGAUACCCAGGAUUUGUUCCACCAAUGAUGUUUCCACCUCACCCUCAUAUGCCGGCACAUGUGAUUGUUCCUAGCCCCGUAUCCACAACAUCUGAUGUCUUCCAACCUGCAGAUGAAGUUUUGCAAUAUUUGUUGAAUGAUCUCAAAGAUGAACAAAUGAUUAAGCGUCUGAAAAAUCUGCCUGAACCACAACCCGAAGCGUUUUGGACUUAUUUACGAGAGGAAACUGUUGGCAAAACAAAAGUUAUCGAAGAUUUGGCAUCGAAAUUCAGCAGGGAUUUUUGUAAUUGUUCCUAUAUGUCGCAGGCAAGAGCUGAAAUUAUUGGGGCAAAAUACGGAGUCAACCGACAAGUGGUAUGUUCUGCCUACGCUAGAUACAGAUUCUGCUACCGUCGUUCUAAUCAUUUCAGUGUGCAAAGAAAAAUUUCAAUGAGAGGGUUAAGUUUGCGAGAAAAACUGAAUCGUUUUCACUGGAGCAUAUUGCGAAAGUCUCUCAUGCUUUUGUGGUCUGGAGAAUCGGCGGAGAAUGUUUUGGCUGAAUUGAGACUUGCUGACGAUCCGUUUCCAUUAAUAGGAAUACUCGAGGCAGAGCGAAAGAAGGAUAUCAAUGCCACAAUGUAUUCCUACAAAGAAAGACUAUUGAAACUAUCGAAAAAGGAUAUCAGGCUGCUUCUCGAUUGGGCGUUUAAGGAGCCAUCUGCCGAAGAAGUGAAUAAUGACGACAAUGUUCCUUUUGAGCUAAUUAGAGUGGUCCGGUUGCUGAUACAUUUUAAAUCCUACAAAGCAGUGACAGAACAUUUGAUGGAGAACCCAAGCAGUCUUCUUCUUCCAAAUGUAAUUUCGAAUAGCAUUGUGAAAAAAGAACCAUUGGAUGAGCAACCCGAUGUUGAGCAGUACACGCAGUUCAUAAGGAAUUACUAUAAGCUGUCUUCUGUAAAUUUGGAUAACUCUCGAUCCCAGCAGCUUUCAGCAACGAUGAACAAUUGA